UGGGAGGCGGUCUGUCCUUAUUUGGUCAUACCUGCAGCUGAGCGUGCUCGGUUGUAGCUCUGCCCUCUCUCCUUCCUACUCUGCCUAUUGUAUUUUUAGAUUUCUGAGUGGGAUGGCGGUGUCCGGAAUCAUCCUGAAUGGAGUCUCACUGAAGGUGGAGUGGAUCCCGACCAAAGAGAGGACGUUAGUGGGCACGCUCACCUCCUUCUUCUUCACCUUUGGUCAGAUGAUCCUGGCGGGGCUCGCCUAUUGGCUGAGAGAUUGGAGGAAGCUCCAGCUGGUCGCCUGUGCCCCCCUGUUCCUAUUCUUCACCUACUGCUGGUGGUUCUCAGAGUCAGCUCGUUGGCUGGUUCUGAACCGUCGGUCUGAGGAGGCGUUAAAGUGUCUCCACCGAGUCGCUCGAAUCAACAGAAAGUCAGAGAUAAUUGACAAAUUAACACUGGAGGUAACCUGUCUGACUGUCUGACUAACUGUCUGUCUGACUGCCUGUCU